UAAAAGAAGAGAAAGGACCACCCCCCCGACUUUCUCCCCCUGCUGAUUCUCCUCCUCUUUUCUCUGUAAGUAGAGUUGUGGGAGGUAAAGCUGGUGAUCUAUCAACAGUUAACCUCCUGUCUUGCACCUGUGGUACACGGCAGAGCUUCGUCUCGGCUUGGUAACAGCGCAGAUGAAAUGUCGUCUUGGGCUAAAUCGACUGCAGCUGCCCGGCGGCAGCAGCAGGCUAACCCAAACGGAAGGUAAGCUGCACGGUUUACUGUCAUGUUUUAGCAUUAAGAGCUAACAGUCGCCUAGCAGGCAGCCACAGUGUGAGCUGAACUAAUAAACAAAUAGUCGAUGUAGUCAUGAAGGUUAGAUCACAUGACAACAUUUUUGAUGAAGCCUAUUCAACACACGUGUGUUGCAGUGCUCAACAACUUCGUUUGUUUCGGAGAGCCGCGCCAUACCCGAGCAGAGAGGAGAGGACCGAGGAGCUGAAAGAUGCCCUGGACAGGUACCUGACUAUCAGCUUCACAGUCAUCGGCACAUUAUACAGGCCAGUCUGUUAGUGUGCAAAGCUAUUUCAAUUCAACAUGCUCCAAUGCAUCAAGUGAUAGGUAGAAUUACAUCAAAAUGAAAGAAACGCCAAAGCAGGGAAAGGGCUAUCAGUGUGUGUGUGUGUGUGUGUGUGUGUGUGUGUGUGUGUGUGUGUGUGUGUGUGUCAGAGAUGGAGAGAGUGCUAAAGAACUGUGCUCAUUUUUGUGUCUCAGUGUUUGUGUGUUUGUUUUCAUGUACAUGUGUAAGGAAAGCAGAGGAAAAUAUUAUGGAGGCUGAAAGCUUGACUGGUGCGAUUUAAGAUUUAUAUGUUAUCAUUAUUAUUACUAUAUUAUCUCUUAUGAUGCAUUCAUUUGACUCUUACUCCAUAGCUGCAACCCUGGUUAAGAAAUGAGAUGUUGCCCAAGGCAUGAGAAGUGUAGCUCCUUAAAGAGGUUUCAUAUCAAAGGAUCAAAUCAGGAAAAAUGUCAAGAUUACAUUGGUUUUAAUUUAUAUAACUAAAUUGAAAUACUAAAGUUACACUGCUGUCUUUUCUUAUGGAUUUGAUCAGACACUGUAUGAGUUUCCUCUGACUUAAUGUAGUGUACGUUGUGAUGACCUCCUGACAUAUAGAGCUCCUUUUUCAGUUUUUUUUUUUUUUUUUUUUUUUUGUUCAGGUCAAAACAAUAAACAUGGCAAAGUAUGCACUCUGUUAAAUCCAGUCCCAGUCUAAUUACUAACAGACCAAACACAUACUGAAAUUCUACGGGGGCCUGUGCCCAUGUGACAGGUGACAUCAUUAUGAGACAAAGACAAACAUGAAGAUAUUUCAAAAAUGUAUCUUGAAUAUUUUCUGUCUGGUCUGAACUUCACAUCUCAGUUUUCAGCUCUAUGCAACCAUCAGUCAGCCCAGCUCAAUUCUUUCAGUGAAUAAGUGAGCUUUUGUCAAUCAAAAUAUAAUAUAAUAAUAUAAAAUAUAACAUAAUAUCAUUAAAAUGUAUCAUUAAAGAGUCUUUCUGUUUCCUUUCUUUUCUUUCAGCUAUGAAGAACUCGAGCAAAUACAAAACUACAGCACAAACGUGAAGUAUGAGGGCUAUAAGCAUCAGCCAGCUGGUAAGGCCUGCAUGAAAUCGUAGUAUCUAACUUUUUUUUUUUUUAAACUUGUAUUUCUUCUAGUAACUGCUAUUCCAUCAAAGUUACUUUUAAAAUGUUGCGAGUUAAAUCUGACUUUACCUUUCUUUUUCAUAUAGCUGCAUGGCUUUCACUGUCUCUUCGCCCUCACUUUCUAACUCUCCUCUCAAUUCCUCCAGCCAAGCCAGAGAGCUGCACUCCAGCGGACAGACGUAAAGCGCUGUAUCAGAAGUUUUACCGACAGGUGCAGGAGGAGAGGAAACCAGCUGACUGUGUGGUCCUCUCUGUCACCAACAAGUGCCUGUGAGUAUUUCAAAUCAAAAUGGAGAUCACGAAGAGUUAAAGCAGAUCUGUUUGCAACUUGUGUGUGCCAGAUGAGGCUGCCAUUUGGAGAGGCCAGCCUGAUAGAUGUGACUUUUUUUACAGGGCCAACCAUUCCCCCUGAACAUUUCAGCUCGGUAGAAAGGCUUAAUCAUUAAAGCCUAUACUCAUUGUUGACAUUCAUUCUCAUUCUCUAUCAUACUUAAAGUGCUGAGGAAAUGUCAUAGAUGUCAAACCAGAUCCAUAAUCAGUGGGGUUGGCCCUGUUGAAAACGGCACCAUCACUGUAUGAGAAAUCUGCUUUUUUAGAUCGGAUUUUACACCAAAACCUUAAUGUUUUUUUUUUUUUUUUACUCAAGUUUUGUGGAUAUUUACAUGUAUAGUCUUUUACACAUCAUCCAGAUUGGGUUGAAAACAGCUCCAGCUUAAGCUGUAGUUUUGCGUUCUCUGUACCCGACCUGUCAGCAAAGGGACCCAUAGUUUGAAGAAGGUUGAAGCUCUUGAGCACAAACAUGAAUGAGAGGCAUCAGAUAUGUUUGCAUACAGAGAUAUUUCUAUUCAUUAUGAGUGAGUGUGGUUUGGGUUCAGUAAGUAACAUUAGAGUCAAUAGGUGCCACCUAUUGACUCUAAUGUUUCUUACCUAACCCUAACCACUAGUUGGCCAAUAGAACAAGUUUGGUUGACUGACUAAAUCAGUCAGCCGUGCACAAGUUUACUUAAAGGCCUCCUAUUUCGAAAGUAUGCAGUCCAGUGAGGAAGUAAAUCACCUCACUCUUGGUCUCACUCUAGGUCUUAAAUAAACAAAGAAAACACCGGGGUUAUCUCUCUGAAUGUUUAAAAGAAAUCUUGUGUGCUAUCUGCUGCUGUCAGGAAUGUUUCUGCCUGUCCAGAUGAGUUUGAUAGGUUAUUCCUGGCAGGCCCGUCUUUGUUUUGUUUUUGACUGACAGCAUGAGGUGUGACCCAGGUCACCAUUCUCCAGAGUCUUUCAAAGUCCCCUUUCUCCAUUUAUCUCACUGCUCCUGGUGUCCUCAGGUGUCUUUUAUGCAGUAGAUAGGGGUGACAGAUAAAAACCAGUUCCACAAGCGGUAGAUUCACUUCAUUCAAGGUGCAUUUUUUUUCAAAGCACCAGACCUGUUCUGAAACUUAUUAGAUUCACUUCUGCACAUUGAUGCUAUGUAAUCAGUGCCACCAUUUACAUACACAAACUGAUGGGUUUAAAUAAUGUCACUUAAAAGUACCAUUCCACAAAUACUUGGGAGUUUGCAGAUGCAUCCUGAUCUAAAUAUAAACAUACAACAUAUUUGCAUACCAAAUGAAAAGUGGAAAAACAUUCAGUUAUAAAGGGACUUUAUAAAUUGAAAAACCAAAUGCUGUUACAGGCAUCAUGCCCGAUAUGUCGACAACUUAAACAUCCUUAUAAAGAAUACAUUUCUGACAACAUUAAGAACUGAUUCACACUUUGUACAAAUAACCAGCUGGCUGUGCCAUUGAUGGCAGCUGUGUCUGCACAUGAUUUCGUAAAAUUAAUUGUAUUGAUCAUUAUGCUCUGACAAAAUGCUGACAGUGAGAAAAUGCAGCACAACCUACUCACACCCCAACAUUAAUCCACACUUCAUCAAAUGACACCAUUCAGCUGAGUGGUCUUAAAAAUGUGCAAUGCAAAUUUCUGAUACAUCAGAUUUUUUUUUCACAUUUUUUCUUUGGCACAAGGACCAUAAUUAACUGCAAAUGUAUAGUAAAUACUGUCAAGGCCCCCACAUGCAAUAGACCUUUUUCUUUUACCUGCAUGCCUUAAAGACACUCUGUUGCACUGCAACACUUCAUUAAUGAUUUAAAAAUCCCAAAACCUUCCCAAUCAUCUAAAAAUAAAAAUGGACAUAUGUCUGUAAUUGUCUUCCUGAUGGCUCAUACAGUCAUUAACUUAGUAGGGCUGUUGACUUACAUUGACCUUUUUGCAUGCAAGAAUACUUUGACUCUAGAAAUAACCCUCUGGUCUUCUCAGCCACAUGCCAGCUAUCUCUACAUGCCAGCAAAGUCACUUAACACAAAAUGCGAAGUUAACAAAGUGUUUCUCUUCCUCUCAAAGGGAUUACCCCAAAUCGCUAAGCCAGUGUUUGCAGGAGCGUGGCCUGUCAGUGGAAAUGCUCUACCUUCAGGCGGAAUCGGGCCUGACCCGGGCCCUGCAGGAUGUCCGAGCAGAAGGCUCCCCGUUAUGUAUUCUGGUGGAGCAGACAAACAUAGCUCUGUCCUCCUGCACUGUUAUCAUAUUCUCAGAAUCCCUCAAAAGUAAGUCCCUACCCCUCAUUCCUUCAAACUCAGCCAGACAAACUCAGGUAAAACCCUAGAUUUCUUUCAGUGCCUCUGACAACAAACAAUGGUUCAACUCCAAGCCUUUUUUUCAGUCAAAGUGUGGAAACACUAAACAUUCACCACCAUAUCUAAAAGAAAAGAAACAGUCAAAUUCUGCACUCAAACAUCAAAACAUGUAUUGAUCUGAAAAUAAGCCACAUUGAAUUACAUAUUAUUUAUGUUUUCAACAUAUAUAUCAAUAAAACUUUGUUUACAGAUCAUCCAAAUUGACAUUUCAUGAAAUUAGUUCAGCUGAUGCUUUUAUGGCCACUUAACCAUGUUGACAAUAUGCAAAGAGUCAUUCAAACACACACAUUUUUGACCACACGUAACCUCACGAAAUUAAUGAACUGAAAGGAAAAAAAAGGAAAGAAAAACUUGCCGAGCAGGUUUGUAACAGUCAGUUCUGUGUUGAGGUUUCACUACUAGGCCCCGAAGCUAAAGUAAAGGAUACAUUCCUUUUUAAUUUCUGUGUGCUGAAUUCACCUCCCAUCCUAUUAUCACACAUAACAUUAGAUUACUUGAACAAAAUGAUAAAAGUUGUCUCUCAGGCUUUGAUAAACUCACAGACAUUAAUAAACAGCCAUUACCAGGUUUUCUUACCUGGUUAAAUAAAAAUAAAUAAAUAACAUACCAUUUUACAUUCUGCUGCUUAAGCAUCUUGUGUCAAUCAACACUGACCUUAUUUUAAAACGCAUACCAUGCACCAACAAACACAGUGGAACAGAGUUUUUGAAAGGCUAUUCUCCUAUGUGUAGGAGUCAACAACUUCAAAAACAAACAAACAAAAACCUGCAAUAAAACUAAACAGCUGAUUGACAAAACAAAAUCAAAUGAAUCAAAUUAAAUCCAACAUGAUCCUGCAGCAAAGAUAAACAUGUUUUUCUUGAGAUGAUUAAAUGUUUAAAUCAUAAAAGAGAAUUUUACUAGAUGCAUUUCGAACAACUGACUCAUUUAAUAUCCAGACAUUUAAAAGAAGAACUAAUGAAAGGUAAAGAUAAAUAAAGAUCAAUGUACCACCACCCCUUUAGCAAACACACUCCAAUAAAAUGAAGAGUACAAAGAAGUACAGUACAUCCUAAUUCCAGACACUUAGCUGUGUAAAACAUUUAUAAAAACAGAUUCUGAUAGUUUGUAUAAAUCCUAUAUUUAAUUGAAAAUGGUGCAAAGACCACUUAUCAAAUGUUGAAACUGAAAUAGGUCAUCGUAAAAAAAAAAAAAAAAACAUCAUCGCUUUUAACCCAUUUUUUUUAAACUACACGCUGUCAACUUAUUGAAACCAAGGAGCCCACUGUCUGAUGUUCUGAAAAUGAAACUCUGCCCCAUCGUCGCCUGAUCAAGUAUGUGAGUUGCUUAACAACAGCUUCUUCUUUGUGGUAUCUUUUGAACAUGAUGUGCUACAUAAUUUAAAGGGGAGUUACACUUGUCGACAAACUAGAUAAGCACACAGACUCUUCUACCACAGAGUCAUGCUGUUGUAAUAUGCGCAGAAUGCAGUUUGGCAUAUACUAUACAUAUGUUCCUCCAAAACCUGCAUUAAUUGCUCUGUUAUUACUGAUGCGCCCCAGAUGUGUCAGCCAAACAGGCCAUGAGCACUCCUGAAUCCACAACCCCAUCAUGGGUGCUGGCUUUUGAACCAUCCUCCCAUGAUAAACCAGGCAGUUGCUGUCCUUUUCAGAGCGGAGGACAAAAGUCCAUGAUUCCCAUGGUUCAGUUUUUGGGGUCACAGACGGUGGAUUUUGAGCCCAUGCAGGGAUUUCCACAGCAGCAACACAUCUGCUUUUACUGCAGUGCCACCAAAGGAAAUCACUAAAUAUCACCACCAUCAUGUGUUGUGUGUCUGUUUCUCAGAACAGUGAUCUCUCCAGAUUCUCUGAGUCUUUUGAAAAUGUGUGAACUGAAGGGGAUAAAAUCCCAAAACUUUUUUCAAUUCAGGUUGAAGAAGUUCCCCCAGGUGUUAAUAUUGAUAUUGCACAACUUUGUUAAUGUGUUGUGUUUCUGUCCCAGCUUUUUUCAAAGUUGUUGCAGGCAUCAAAUGAGUAUAUAUAUAUUUUAAAAAGGUUGAUGUUAAUGUUGAUGGUAUGUUGUCUUUGCACUAUUUUCAAAUAACUGUUUUAAAUCAAGUUUGUACGAAGCAAAGAAUCAAUCAAAUCAGCUGAAUUUGCAGACCCCACCAUCUCAUCUCAAAAGUUUGUUUCAGUGAGUGAAUUUGUUGCGAACCUGUUUAUUUCACAGCUGUUUCUAGGUAUUUCUAGGUGUGUCUUGUUCUGCCUCUCUUCUAAUCCAUGCUCCUGGCAUUUCAGCAUUAACAUUUGCAUUUCCCUCCUCCCAGUCCACCGGAACAUGCCCAAAGACCAGGCCAUGGACUUUGUAGCAGCAGAGCACAGUCGUGGACUUGUCAAAGAGCGCCCAAAAAGGGACCCUUCAGACCUUGCUGCACAAGCGUCACAGCUACUGGAUGACUACCUUGAGAGGGAAAAGAUUGAGCGCCAUACUGUUCCCUCUGAAACCCGUCCUCUCCUCAUGCUGUUAGCUGAGGGGGUGCACCUCUACCCUGAGGAGCUGGAAUCCAUCUCAGAGUAUGUGCGUUCUCGAUUAGAGCACAUACAAGGUAGGACACUAAUUAUAAUUUAGAGGGAUAUUCCGGCUUAAAUUGAAGUAAUGGUCAAACACACCGAACACAGAGUUAGAUACAACUCACCCACUCUCCUCCAGCAGCCGCUUGUUUGUGGGGGUGCCCUGACGAGUCGAUCACCGAAUGCAGCAGAAAAUUGAUGAUUAUCACCGAAUGGAAAUGCAAUCAGACCAAGACACUAACCCCCAAUUUCCACCACAUCUGGGAUAGCUCCACUAUGGAACGGAGGCAAUUUUUGCUGUCCGCCAAUUCCAAACGGAUGUGUUGAGUGGCAAAUUUGUGGCGGAUUUUGGACAGCGGGAAUCGCGAGAACUCACAAGAUUCACAUGCCAUCACAUGAUAACGAGUUGUCUCUAUAAUGACAGCCAUAUAACCAUAUAAGCAGUAGAUUGUGUCCUUCCAGAGGAGGAAAUCUACUUCUAGACUUAUAAAAUCAGCAUCUCCUCAUCCAUGGUGUCAAUGGGGUGAAAUGCUGUCUAAAAACCUUUCACUGGUUCAUCCCUGCCCAUUUGUAUGGUGUGAAACACGAUCUGCCUGAACAUGUAGUGUUUUAUUUUGAAAAGAAGCAGAUGUUUCGUUUUGUGUCUGUGCCCGACUUCCUUUCCAGCACGGGUUAAACUGUGCUGAAUUUAUGUGACAUGCUGCAGCAUCCAAAAAAAUAGAACUCUGGCGAUCGGCUGCAAAGUCCGCUGAACCGCAGUGAAACGGAAAGAAGCCAGUGGAAAUUGACAUAUUAGCUUGAAUGGAAAUGAUCAGCUGUGAUCAGUGCUGACAGCUUUUCGCUGCCGUACCGUAAGCAGUGGAAAUAGGGGGUAAGGCAGAAGAACUGCCCCACAAGAACUCUGAUUGCAUUUCCAUGAAGUAAUAAUCAUAAAUAUUCUUCCUUGAGCUGCGAAACUCCGCUGCACUCGGUGAUCAACUUGUCAGGGCUCCCCCACAAACAAGCUGCUGCUGGAAGAGAGUAGGUGAGUUGUGUUUAGUCGUCGUCGUUGUCAUUUUCUUCCGCUUCAUCCGAGUCCGGGUCGCGGGGGCAGCAGCUUCAGGAGGGAAGCCCAGACGGCCCUCACCCCGGCCACUUCCACCAGUUCCUCAGGGGGGAUUCCCAGGCGCUCCCAGGCCAGCCGAGAGACAUAACCCCUCCACCUGGUCCUGGGCCGGCCACGAGGUCUCCUCCCAGUGGGACAUGUCUGGAACACCUCUAACGGGAGGCGUCCAGAAGGCAUCCUAACCAGAUGCCCGAGCCACCUCAGCUGACUCCUCUGGUAGAGGAAGAGCAGCAGUUCUACUCUGAGCGCCUCCUGAGUGUCCGAGCUCCUUACCCUAUCUCUAAGGCUGAGCCCGGCCAUCCUGCGAAGGAAACCCAUUUCGGCCGCUUGUAUACGCGAUCUUGUUCUUUCGGUCAUUACCCACAGUUCAUGGCCAUAGGUGAGGAUCGGCACGUAGAUAGACCGGUAAAUCGAGAGUCUCGCCUUGCGGCUCAGCUCUUUCUUCACCACGACUGAUCGGUUAAGCGUCCGAUCCGCUGGUCAAUCUCUCGUUCCAUCCUACCCUCACUCGUGAACAAGAUCCCGAGAUACUUGAACUCCUCCACUUGAGGCAGGACCGCCCCUCCGACCUGGAGAAGGCAAUCUAGUCUAGUCUAGUCUCUUUGCUAAUGAAAUUAGGCAAAGCUAAAAAGAUGUUUGAUGGCUAGUACUAUGGCUGGGACCCUAUAUGUACUGUUGAUGAAGUUAUCCCCUGUUCUGAGCAUUAAUUUUGGCUAUACAGUGGCUUUUUGGUUGAGGUUUGCAAGUGGAGACGUAGACCGCUGUGUAUUGCUGUUGUGCGGUCGUUUCUAAAGUUGGUAUAACUAGAGAAGCAAGCAGUCGGCAACAUUGAUCUCUCGAGGAAGUGUUAUGGUGUGUUGGACCAUAACUUGAUUUUACACCAGAAUAUUCCUAUAACACCCAAAUUGCUGGGACUGGUGCUGACUUUGAGCAGCUCUGUCCUUCUCUUUGGUUCUUACCUUUUCUGUCUAUUGUGGAUCUUUUUAAUUUUAGCUUCUGUUGUUUGUUUCCAGCCACCCACACUGAGGGGCAGAGGGGUAACAUGUUACCCCCAGGACUUGGAAAACCACCACCCCUGCUUCCUACUCCUCCUGGGCCUCCUCAACCCCAGUCCACAGCAGGACCAGGGGGAGCUAUGAUGGACCACCCAGCACCUUCCCCCUCUCCUCUCUUGCCCUCACCAGGUCAGAGUGCAGCAGUUACUGAAGCGUUGACAUGAACCUUAAUCAUUCAAAUCAACUUGUUUGUGGGAUUUUUUUUUUUGCUAAACGUGGAGCAACUUGAGAUAGAAAGUCCUAAACUGUCAAAAAGACAUGACACGUGUCUGUGGAUCCUUUGAAAAUAGUCAUUAGUAAAGAUAAGCUUGCAUGUCAGAGCUUCUAAGAGCAGUCAGGCAGUCAAUCACUACAGUCUGAAUUAGGGAUGGGGCCGAUCCGAUCCUGUAUCAGUAUUGGGUUCCGAUACCAACGUAAUUCAUGGAUCAUAAAUUUCUGAUCCAACCUGCUAAAAUUUCCGUUCCAUAAGUCAUGCCUUUGCUUUAACUUUGUCUGCUGAAAUGACUGUACAAAUGAUUGUUGCCCGUCUUGUUCCUAAAACAAGAAAUGCCCUGACCCGGAUUUGAACCCAGGACCUUCUGGUUGUGAGGCGACAGUGCUACCCACUACACCACUGUGCCGCCCAUUGGUUAUCUUUCAGCAUUGAAAAUUCCAACGACACCCUUAUUUUUGUGUGUUCUGGAUCACAGUAUCCAGAAUUUUGUCUUGAUCACCACCAAAAUUUAAUGGGAUCCUCCUGGGGCUGAGACGCACCUCUGGUGAAAAUUUCAGGUCAAUCUGUCUGUAACUUUCUCCGUAAAGUUGCUAACAGACAAACAAACAAACCAACGCUACCAAAACAUAACCUCCUUGGCGGAAGUAAUAAUGAUGGUAAAGCUAACAGCGCUCUGGUAUUGGAAUAGUAAUGGUAUCGGCAGAUAUCCAAAUUCAGUUAUCGAGAUUGGAUCGGAUGUAAAAUAAAUGUGGAUCAGACAUCCCUGGUCUGAAUCACUGAUCUAGUUUUGUUGUGUUGGGCUGCAAAAGAGUGAGAAAUAUUUCUUCUGUUCUGCUUCAUGUACAUAAUUUCACUGACAUACCUGCACAAAGAUAUUCAAGCUACAGUGUGGUCUGAGAUGUCAUCUUCAUCUCAUCCUGUAAUGGGGUGUUGUUUGACAUCAUCUCAUUGAGACUUGACUUCUGUUUUUCAUUUCAGGCUCUUAUCCAAAAACCAAACCCCCUCCAUUGCUGUCCUUGCAUAGGCCUCCCGGACCCUCAUUAGGAAUUUCAGCUUCAAGAGGCCUUCUCCCCUCACACAGUCCCUUUGGUGUCCCUCCAGGGCCUCGUGGGCCCCUAUUCCACCAUGUGCCCCCAUUCCAUCCAGGUCCCAGGGGCCCUCAUGGGAUUAGAGGUGUCCCUCCUUCGUUGAAGAGUGCCCGCCCUCCACUUCUUGCUUCCCCAGGUUAGUUCUCACGCCUUUUCUUUGGUUAUAUUCUUAAUUUUCCUUGAAAUCGUACCACCAGUGAUUUACCUCAGUGUUACCCACAUAUGUCGCAAUGUUUCUUCAUAUUUCUUCUUUUUUUCUCCUUUGGAUCAGGUCCCCCUCUUCCUCUGACAAGACCAAACUCCCGUCACUGAGACAAACAAACGUUGAAAGACACACUAAAGCACACACUGUUACACAUGCAGGCUUAACACCCAGCUCAAAAACAGACUACAAGCUCCUGAGUGGCGACUGUUUUGACUGUUUUUGAAGUUGACGGCUGCUCAGAGUAAAACGAAAGAGAUGCUGGUGAGAACAGAUUCAGAUGGUGACGUUGUGGAUGAUGAAAUGUUGAUAGAGACUAGGUUUUUUUAAAAAGUUAAUUGUAGAAGAAAUGCUGAAGGAUUUGUGGAGAACCAAGUUGACUGAUCUUAGGUUUGUUUAACAAAAUGCUUCUGUUGAGAUUGUUCAUAUUUGUCCUUUUUAAUGUUGAAUGAUUCUCACCCAGAGACAGUGACGGGACGAUCCUUCCUACCAAGUGUUUAAAUGGUGUCUAAGUUUCAAAAAGAUUCCUCAAAGAUUUUACCAACAAAUUAUACAGCAAAUCAAAGAUUUUUAUACACAAUUUGUAAGACAGUGAGUCACAAAGAGCACAUGCAUAGGUUUGUAUCUUAAGUUAUAUGCUUGGUGUAAAUCAGUUAAGUGAUGCCUGGACCUAAAAUUGACAAACUUUUAUUUCCAUUGAGAGUAAACAGUUUUGCAUCAAAUAUCAAGACGCAGUUCAAUCUGUCUGCAGGGUAACCAGAAUCAAAAAAAUGUGAUUGUAAUUUUUUUGCUGCAGAAGACACACGAAGAAUAGGGUCACAUCUGGGGUUAGCUUGUUUAACUUAAAUGGGAUAAAUGCAUCCACUCAUUUGUCUUCAGGAAACACUAUUAUAUUCUCUGUAAUUCUGAGCUGUGCUGUUUUUCUCUCUCUUUUUUUUUUUUUUUAAUUCAUGCUCUUUCUUCUGCAAAACAGCCUGGUAUUUCUUUAUGGUCAUUUGCAACACUCCGGGUUGCAUCAGUUUAGUGAAGAUUCACUGAUAGUCAUCUCUCUGUGUCAACACUAAACCGUCUGCACUCGAGUUUUGGUGCCGUAGUCUGAAAUUGAUUGAGAGCAUGUCCUCAGAAGUGACAAGGUGCUUAUUUUCACAUUUCGUUGGAUCCUUUAGGCGUAACUAUUCACAGACAGCAGAAAAAUCAGCAAGGAGGACAGCCUUUUUUUUUUUCAAGCAGCUCAACAUUUUUUAAAUAUGUGGAUGUUCAAAAAUGAGGACUGUUUGAAUCAUGUUAUGUUGUUUUUCUGUAUUUUUUAAAUGUAUAUAUACUGUAUAAUGUAUAUACUGUGUGAAUUGUUGAAUGGUGAACAACUUUUGGGUAAUGAAUAAGUUUUUAUUAAUGUCUUGCAGUGUAAAUAUCCAACAAGUGCACAGAGAAAAAUCAUUUCAGAGAAAACUUCUGCAAGUGUUUAUAAUUAUUUUGUUCCAGUUUGGCAAGUCUUUCAGUAUGGUUUCUUUUGUUGAAGAGAGAAUGAACCGUCAUGUUAAAUAAAGUGAUAUUCAUUAAAGGCUA